AUGGACUACUCAGCCAUCUCCCACGAUCCCGAUCAUCCCGCCGGCACCUCGCCCUGGGGUUCUCCGCGCCCCGACCGAACCACGUUCCCCACCUCCAGCAACAGCGAUAUCCCGUCAUCGCCACUGCCCGGUCAGGAACAGUCAACGGACAGCGCGGACGGUGCGCAGGAUGCCGGGAUUCAAUCCCCCGACCUUUCUGCUCAACUUCAGAGUGCCCAAAUAGGAGACCCGGACUAUGCGGAGGGCCAGUCACCGUUCGCGACUCAGCAAUCCCCUAAUGCAGAGCAGCGGUCACAGCUCCCCGCACGGUACCAUACCGGAGCAAGACAGAAUUCCCGCCCUCCCGCGCCGGUGCCGACAUACAGGAUCCAAGGAAAGAUCACUGGUCUGGAGCGGACGGGCAAGAAAGAUCCCAUUCUCCGAUUUGAUGUCCACACUAAUAUCCCCAAAUUCCGCACGACCCAAUACCGCGAUGUUCGUCGUACACACUCCGAAUUCACCAAGCUCGCCGACCACUUGAUCUCGGCCUGUCCCGAGGCUCUUGUCCCCGCGGUGCCACCACCAGUCACCCCCGCCGGCGCUGGGACCGACGAAGACGAGAUCCGAGUCAAGGCCUCUAUGCAACGAUGGCUCAAUAUCGUGCUUAGCAAUGAGGUUCUCAUUCAAGACGACGAGAUGGUGCUUUUCGUGGAGAGUGAUUUCGGAUAUAGCCCCGUUCUCCGCAUGAAACAGCCGGCCACGGGUGUACGGCGCAAGAUGUUGAAGCAAUUUGCGCCGCCCCCGGAUGAUACCCCCGAGCUUCAGGAUGCUCGUCCCACUGUCAAGAUGUUCUACCUCGGAUCAAUGGAUGCGAGCCACAAGGUGGACCGCGUUGUUAAAGGUCGUCGAGGACUGGGUUUGGCCGAAUCUGAAUUUGGUGUCAAGAUUGGACAGAUGCACGUUCAGGAAACACACCCUGGUUUGGGACUGGCUUACCGCAAGCUUGGCAAGAUAAUUCAAACCGUCGGUGACUUCCACGCUGUCCAGGCGACCGCUGAGGCCACGACUUUGGGAGAGCCAUUGAGCUAUCAUUCCUCGGACGCUUUCAUUGUGAAGGAGACUCUGACCAACAGACACAUCCUACUGCGCGAACUUCUUCAGGCUCAGCAGAACGCUCGAAGCAAACGUGCCGCGGCAGACCGAUUGAAAGUCAGCUCAUCUGUUCGCCCGGACAAGGUCGAUGAGGCAAUCAGUGCCCUGGAGGAAGCUCAAGGCCAUGAGGACUAUCUUACUAAACGCACCCACCGCGUGACGAAUAACCUGCUUCACGAGAAGCGCCGCUGGUUCGACCGGACCACUGCGGACCUUUUGUUCAGUCUGCGCGAGUAUACACUGCGCCAGAUUGAAGCAGAGCGCCGCACCCUCGCCACUCUGGAGAGCGUCCGACCUGAUAUCCGUGCCAUUGAUGCCUCUGGUGGGUUGAGCCGGCUGGGACGUGAGGCACACCCGGCCACUCGCCGUACACAUGCUGUUUCGAGUCAGGGCCCUAAGGGGGACGCCUGGAGUGGAGUUCCCCGUCGUCCGGAUAGCAUGGGGCGCAGCAUGAGUGGCAGCUUCACUGCCCCUUCAAUCGCCCACGACGAUGAUGAUGAGACUAGUCCCGGGUCUGGCCAGGGCCGAGCUCGAUCUACCAGCCAGACGACCGAGGCGAUCGCGGAGGAAGAUGAUGAUCGUCUGGAUGCUCGCAAUGCUGCUAGCCGGCUGGCCACCAGCACCUUCUAA